UGUAGGAACAACUGUCAUUGUAGGACCGCCAUUUUUUGUAAAUUUUGUAAUAGAUUACUGUAAUAGAGAACUUUAAUAUUUUUUCUUUCAAUCGUGUUUUAUCAUUGAUUUGUGAAGGUCGCUUUUUCGAGUGGUACAAAAGUAGUAAUUUUGUGGAAAACACGUUUACGUUUAUUAAUCAAUAACUAAAAAUAUGGAUCGCUACGGUGGUGGACAAGGAGGAGGUGGUGGAUACAAUAAUUUUUCAGUGCCCCCACCCAAUUUCCAAAUGUCUGAUGGUAAUAGUGGGCCAUAUAGUAAACCACCACCCUCUUAUUCUAAACCAGGAGGUUAUGAUUCUGGAAGUCGCGGUGGCGGCGGUUCUGGUGGAAGCGGCUGGCAAGACCGUGGCAAUAGUGGAGGUGGAUAUGGAAACGGAGGCGGCAACAAGGACAACUAUAAUAAAGGCUCAGGAGGCGGUAGUUUUGGAGGAGGUGGCGGAGGUAGUGAUUUAAUUACUCAAGAGGACACUAUCUUUGUUUCUGGUAUGGAUCCAGAGGCUACUGAAAUGGAUAUUGAGACUCAUUUCGGUGCAAUUGGAAUAAUUAAGAAAGAUAAACGCACCUCUAAACCAAAGAUUUGGUUAUAUCGCCAUAAGGAUACAGGUAUCUCGAAAGGUGAAGCUACGGUUACAUACGACGACAUUAAUGCGGCUCAAUCUGCUAUCGCUUGGUUUGAUGGUCGUGAUUUCAACGGAUGCAUAAUAAAGGUAUCUUUGGCUCAACGUCCAAACAACUGGAGCAAAGGCGGCGGUGGCGUCGGUGGAAGUGGUGGCCGUGGUGGUGGUGGUCGCGGCGGACGUGGUGGUGGACCUGGUGGUGAUCGUGGAGACCGUCCUCGCUUCGAUCGCGGAAGUGGUGGUGAUUACGAUUCAGGUAGAGGAGAUCGUGGCGGUGAUGAUCGCGGAGGCCGUCCUAGAAUGGGAGGAAGCGGUGGAGGUGGUCCAGGCGGUAACAAUAAUGUCGCUCCUCGUGAAGGUGAUUGGAAGUGUAGUAGCUGUAAUAAUACUAACUUUGCUUGGCGCAAUGAGUGCAAUCGUUGUAAAACACCCAAAAGUGGUGAUGAAGGUGGUAGCGGUGGUGGAAGAGGAGGAGGCGGCGGUAACUAUGGAGGAGGUGGUGACCGCGGUGGAUAUAACAGAGACAGCCGAGGCGGUGGUGGCGGUUUCGGUGGUGGAAACAGGUUCAGUGGUGGAGGUGGUGGCCGCGGCGGUGGUGGCGGUGGUGGCGAUCGCGGAGGACGUCGUGAUUACGGUGGCAACAACAAUAAUGGCGGUGGUGGCCCCAUGCGCAAUAAUCCUGGCAACCGCUCGCGACCCUAUUAAUUUUACUAACUAAUAGUGAGCACAACCAAAUAACCAUUUUUCAGUCAGAUAUACCUAGUUUUUAAAAUGAAAAAAUGUGUUUCGUCGUUCGUUUUCGAGCCUGUGUCACUCAUAUUAACGCAAAUAAAAUUUUUACUUUUAAGACUAUCUGUAA